AUGGUGAAAAUAGACUCUAACAAAUUCCGAUAUUUGAGUAAUGAUGAUUUUCGUGUGCUAACGGCCAUUGAAAUGGGUAUGAAGAACCAUGAGUUGGUUCCGACGCCAUUGAUUGAGAGAAUUGCUGGACUUAGACACGGAGGCACUCAAAAAGUUCUAUCCCUUUUAUUGAAAUAUAAAUUGGUUCAUCACGAUGCAAAGAAUUAUGACGGUUAUCAUUUGACGUAUCCCGGAUAUGAUUUUUUGAGUUUGAAGACGUUUAUGAAGAGAGGACAUGUGAUUGGAUUUGGUAGACAAAUUGGUGUGGGUAAAGAAUCGGAUAUUUACUUGUUAUUAUCGCCUGUGAAGGAAGGAGAAGAGGAAGAGACAAAAGAUGAAGAGGAAGGAGAAGAGAAUAUUGUUAUUGAAAAACCUACAGAAGAGAUUGAACAAUUUGAUGAUGAGGAUGAUGAAGAUGAAUUUGAUGAAAAAGAAGACGAAUUUGAUGGCUACGAUUUGGAACAUAAAGCCAAACAGAUUGUUAUCAAAUUUCACAGAUUGGGACGAUCUUCGUUUAGAGCAGUGAAAAACACCAGAGAUUAUUUAGGAAAGAGAAGCAAAACUACAAACUGGCUAUAUAUGAGUAGAUUGAGCGCAUUGAAAGAAUUUGCAUUCAUGAAAGCUAUUUAUGACACCAAGUGCAUACCAGUACCUAAACCAAUUGACUGCAAUAGACAUUGUGUACUUAUGGAACAUAUUAAGGGCUAUCCUUUAUACCAAAUUAGAGAGAUGAAACACCCAUUAUAUGUGUAUGAACAAUGUGUAGAUUUACUUGUGAAAUUAGCUCAGUACGGCUUGGUUCAUGGUGAUUUUAACGAAUUCAACUUGCUGGUGAAACCUAAGAGCGAGAAAGUUGUAGUCAUUGAUUUUCCUCAAAUGGUUUCCACUUCGCACCCUAAUGCAGAGUUUUAUUUUAACAGAGAUUUAGAUUGCAUUUCCAACUUCUUUGCAAAACGAUUUUCUAUUAUUAUUAAGCCAGAGGAUGAGGAAUAUUCCAGGUUUCAUCCAAAGUUAUCUGACAUAACGAAAGAAUACUCAUUGGACGUGCACGUUGAAGCAAGCGGUUUUACAAAGGAGAAAGCAAAGGAAUUUGACGAAAUUUUGAAAGAAAAGGAGCAAGAAGAAACUACGGACAUACCAAGUGACAAAGACGAUUCAACAGUUGAAGAACCACAACAAGGGCAGUCUUCUGAAGAACAGCAUGAGGAGGCUGUCGAUGCUGACCAGUCACUGAGCGACGAAGAAUCCCCUUCCGUUGUCACAGGUACAAGCACCACCACAGGUAGAAGAAAAAAGAAAAAGGCAAUCACAGAGGACGAUAUUAAGGAAAAAGUCAAAAGAGAUUUCCAGAAGAAGCAAUACUCUCGUGCCAAGGACAUACAAACGGCAAAAAGAAACGCACAAAAAGGAAGAGAUACACAAAAGCUCAGACGAAAAGUUAAGGAUUUCGAUUAUUAA